AAUUGUCACUUAGAGGUCGGUCGUAGACAUCGCUUAUCGAUAUUGAUUUCGUGAAAUAUUUCAUAAUUUUUUCAGGUUAUUUAUAUUGGACUCAGUUGUAGAAAUGCUGUCAUGUGAAGCUCCUGAUGCUGAAUGCAUCACAUCUUUAGCUGGUUUUAUAAAGGCAAAAGAAGAUGUUCCUGAAAUGUUGAGUGAGAACGAUAUGUCCAAAAUAUAUUCUGAUGAUGAAGAUUCUGAUGAAGAUGAUUUUGAUCAUAAUUUCACCAGAGGAUUUCUUGACGACUUUUACCGUAUUCGCAAAGACGUCACUGAAAAAUUAAAACAAUUUUCUUGGAUAAAUGGAUAUUGCGGGAUAACAUUCAACCCAGAACCACAUUUGUAUGUGACUGUAGUAAAGGAGAGAAAAAAUGAUGAAGAUUCUUUGAAGAAUGAGAUCAACGACAAAUUUGGUUGGAAAGCGUCUGAUUAUAUUGAUUUUCGUUAUGCCGAUAGCUCAUUACCGACGUUUCGAUAUUUGUCAAAUCAAGAUGUUCCUGAAAUGUUGAGUGAGAACGAUAUGUCCAAAAUAUAUUCUGAUGAUGAAGAUUCUGAUGAAGAUGAUUUUGAUCAUAAUUUCACCAGAGGAUUUCUUGACGACUUUUACCGUAUUCGCAAAGACGUCACUGAAAAAUUAAAACAAUUUUCUUGGAUAAAUGGAUAUUGCGGGAUAACAUUCAACCCAGAACCACAUUUGUAUGUGACUGUAGUAAAGGAGAGAAAAAAUGAUGAAGAUUCUUUGAAGAAUGAGAUCAACGACAAAUUUGGUUGGAAAGCGUCUGAUUAUAUUGAUUUUCGUUAUGCCGAUAGCUCAUUACCGACGUUUCGAUAUUUGUCAAAUCAAGCUAUCAAGAUCAUACAGAAGAAAAGUUAAAGGAAAAGACUGAGGAUGAAGCCAGUAAAGGAGAUGGCAAAGAAUCCGAUAGCAAUGUGCUGGAAAGUAACGAUGAAAGCUCUGUAAAGAAAACAUUGUAAAAAAUGUUUCUCACGUGGAAUAUUAAAGUCAGAAAAUAAUGCUAUGGCAAAAUAUAGAGUUUGAAAUUUGAAGCGAUA